AUGGUGAACGUACCAAAGAAUAGAAAAACCUACUGCAGAAAAUGUGGAAGUCAUUAAAGUUGCAAAGUCUCCUAAUAUAAAAAGAGCAAGGAAAGUCCAUUUGCAUAAGGUAGAAGAAGGUACGACAUGAAGCAAUCUGGUUAUGGAGGCUAAACAAAGCCAAUUUUCAGAAAGAAGGCAAAGACCACAAAAAAGGUGGCAUUAAAGCUUGAAUGCGUCAAGUGCAAAUUAAAAUGGUUAAAAGUUAUUAAGAGAUGCAAGACUAUCGUUUUUGUCGAUGCUAAUUAGCUCAAAAAACAAUAAGAAGCAAAGAAGAAUGCUAAAUGAGAUAAUAAUAGUAUAAUAAGACAUAUAUUAAGUAUUUUAUCAAAGAAUUUAUUUUC